CGUGGUGUAUCACGUGACCACCCAGGAAAGGACGAGGGAGGAGGGAUGAGGAAAGAAGAUGGAAGGGAACCGAGACGAGGCUGAGAAAUGUAUCAACAUUGCGUCGAAAGCCAUCGAGGCGGGGGACAAGGAGAAGGCGCUUAAGUUCCUCCACAAAGCGGAGAGGCUCUACCCGACAGCGCGAGCCAAAGCCUUGUUGGAAGUGCUAACCAAAAAUGGGAGUUCUACAGCUAAUGGCGCGCAUCGGAGACGGCCAGCACACAAUGCGGAAGAUGGCGGCGCGGAGGCGGCGAGCGAACGUGCCGAAGGUACAGGAGCAGGAUCCUCCAAGGUGUUCACGAAAGAACAGGUGGAAGGUGUCCAAAGAAUAAAGCGCUGUAAAGACUACUACGAAGUGCUCGGUGUCACCAAAGAAGCCAGCGAGGAUGAGCUGAAGAAGGCGUACAGGAAACUGGCCCUCAAGUUUCACCCAGACAAAAACCACGCUCCCGGAGCAACGGAUGCCUUUAAGAAGAUCGGUAAUGCAUACGCAGUGCUAAGCAAUCCGGCUAAACGGCGGCAGUAUGACCUGACGGGAGGCGAAGAGCCAAGUGGGGCGGGCCACGCGCACGGCGGCGGCAACGGCUUUGACUUCCACAGAGGGUUCGAGGCAGACAUCACGCCUGAAGACCUCUUCAACAUGUUCUUUGGAGGAGGCUUCCCCUCCUCAAGCGCGCAGCCGUUCGCCAACGGCAGGACGAGCUACAGCCAUCACGGCAAUUACCGACAGGAGAGAACCGAUGAAAGAGGAGACGGUGGUUUCUCCAUGUUGAUUCAGCUGAUGCCCAUCGUGGUGUUAGUCUUGGUGUCGAUACUGAGCCAGAUGAUGGUUUCUCCACCUCCUUACAGCCUCUACUCUCGACCGUCCACGGGUCAGACGGUGAAGCGGCAGACGGAAAACUUGCACGUGGACUACUACGUCACCAGAGACUUCAAAUCUGAGUACAAGGCAGCAGCACUGCAGCAGAUUGAGAAAAGUGUGGAGGGAGACUAUGUGUCCAAUGUCAGGAAUAACUGCUGGAAGGAGAGACAGACAAAAACAGACCUGCUGUAUGCCGCCAAGGUGUACCGGGACGACCGCAUGCGCAAGAAGGCGGAGCUUAUGACCAUGGAAAACUGCAAAGAGCUGGACAGACUAAAUAACCUCUUUCGAGGCGGAUGACUCGCUUGUUAGAUGUUAUCAUGUAUACCAAUAGAUGUGUCUAUGUUCUUUUUUUUCUUUUUUUUAAGAAGAGCAUUUCCACUAGGAGUAACACAAGAAAAACCCUACUGAAAAUAAAGAGUACUCCAAGUUCACCUCACUCUUCCAUCCAAAACAAAACUCUCGACAUUCCGGAGGAGCGCUCUUCUGCAAGAGGGAUUAAAAAAAAAAAAAAAAAGUAGUGAGCACAUCUACGUCCCUGUCGUGAACACCACCAA